AUGAAGGAUAUAUGGAAGGCAGCUAAAAAGGGUGAUGUUAAAACAAUCAAGAAAUAUGUGCCUUCAACAAUCAAAGUUGAUCAAUUAGAUAAAGAGGGUAGAUCAGCAUUACAUUGGGCAAUUGAAGGUGACCAACCUGAAAUAGCAAUCUAUCUAAUGGAUAACGGUGCAAAUAUAGAACUUAAAGAUCCAAAAUAUCUUGAAGCCGUAUGUAUUUUCAAAUGUCGUAAGAUAAUACAACUUCCUAUAGUUGUAUCACUGAAAAAAGCUGUUACAGUAGAGAAACAAGAGGAAAUUGCUAUUAUGUUGUUAAAGAAAGGCGCGAAUCUAUCAUCAGAGAGUAAGGAUCACAAAUCGAUAGAUCGUCUGUUAGAGACGGUACCAAAGCGAUUCCAGGUCACCUGGAAAGAAGUUUACCAAAGGAAAUAUAAUAAAACAACGAUUCGUCCAACUGCUCAAUCAUCACCGAACCUCUCUUCAACGAUCAACACUCAAAUGAGUUCAAUUUCCUUGUCAAGUUCGACACCCAAUGCAAAUCUAAGUGGAUCAGCUGAUUCCAUUCCUCAGGCGACAUCACAACACUCACCACAGCAACAACCACCACAAACUAUAUCAUCAGCCAAACCAGCUAGUUUCUCACCACCCUUGAAGCCAUUAGCUGUAGGUGUUAUUUCCACUGUUGCACAAGCUCCGGUUGUCAGUGCAUCCGGUAAGACAGAAUCUAAUGACGCUGGGCAAGAUCAUAGCGGAGCAACUGUCGUCCAUCAAGAAUACCACGGGCUCAAUGGUGAUGUCCAAGGUGACACCGAAUCUCGACGGCGAUAUCGAGCGAGAGCUAGUGGAGAGCGCAGCGAAACAACUGAGAGGAUCGAUCGAUUUCUACAAGUCCAACAGCAAUCAACAGUCUUUUACGCUGCCGAACGAAGGCACUGUUCUGCCGCUGUUGGCAUCGAUUCAAAAGUCGAUUCAAUCGCUCGUUAUCUACUCGACGACCGAGCACGAUCUUCAGAUGGUGAUCCCCGCACAAAUGAUUGCACAGGAUAUCAAUGA